CCAUUUAUAUGACCUUAUUGAAGUGAGAAAAUUACAGAGAUGGAGGUGUGUUUGUGGUUGCAGGGGGUUGGAGACAGAGUGGGCUCUUGUGGGAAGGAGGCAGGUGGGUGGCAGCAUGAACCAUCCUUGUCUCGGAGCUUUUUGUUAUCUGAGCCAUGGUGGCGGAUACAUAGCCUCUGCCAGAGAGGAAACUGAAUAGAAUAUAACACACACAGGAAUGCAGGUCAAAUGAGAGAGUGAAUACUAUAAGUAAACUUGAUCUGUGUCAUAUCCUGGCUGUGAUCUUGUCCUUGGUUAUGCAAAAUGUUACGUUGUUGGGGGAAACUGGGUGAAGGAUAUGAAUCCCUCCCUAUCAUUUCUUACAGCUGCAUGUGAACCUGCAAUGAUCUCACCAAAAGCUUAGUUUUUAAAAAAAGAGAGGUGGUAGCUUCCCCAUCGAUGGUAGCUAUGCCAGAGAGGCUGUGUGCAGCUCAGGAGGCUGAUUGCCAGUGGCUUCGCUGAAGCCAGACUGACAGACCGUGACCUCUGUGAUCUGAUAUUUGCAACCUAGAACCAUUGGCCCUGACUGGUGGCGGAGGUCACCGUUAAGGAUAUCUCCUCCAGGGCUGAUAACUGUAUGAGAGGACCUGGGGAGCAGCUGUUGUCUGUAGGGUGCCUUGGGGUCCGUAUCUGAGUCCCCAGCCAUUGAGUUUAUCUAUUUGUGGUCCAGUUUGAAGGGAGAGCUGACAGUGUCGUGGGUGUGAGAGGAAGAUGACAGUUGACUCCAGGGCUGGGGGCCUGAAUAGCUUGAAGGAUGGAGUUGCUGUUGUUUGAGAUGGAGACUCAUGGGACUCAGGAGCUGGUGUCAGUUUUGUGACGUUGGAGGUGACCAGGAGAUGCCAGGAGGAUAUGUGCAACCUCUGGGCUGCGGAAACAGUGCCAGAGCCCAGUGCCCAAGGCAGAAGCCAGCUGCAGGAGGAGUCCCCUGGGCUUGCUUUUGGGGAGGCCAGGGAGCUGGGGGCCUGGACCCAGGCAGAUGGCACUGACACCAAGCACAGCAGCCAAAACCCCAAGACACCUCUGCCUGUCUGGGAGGAUCCUCAGCCCUCCAUCCAUGUCGCUCCAGAAUGCGGGAUGGUGGCCUUAGCCUCAGAGUGGGACAGUCAGGACCACCUGUCAGAGAAAGGGACCAAUAGUCCAAAUGGUGGACACUUGGAGCAGGGUGGGGUUUCAGGAGAUCACAGACAGAAAGGACACCUGCUGAGCAAUGAUGCUGAAGAGAAGGAGCCAGACCAAGGAGCCCCCCAGGAGGAAGGUGCCCAAGGGGGAACAGAGGGUGAUCUGCCCACGGGGCACCUGGAGGAAGCAGACAGCAUCCUGGGCCUGGUCACUCAGGGCCCAGAGCCUGGAUCUGCAGCCCAGGACCUCCCUGACCCCAUGCAAACGCCCAACAGGACUGUCAGGGAUGCAGAGCAGAGCUGUAGCAGCCCAAGGUGCUCUUCCUUUGGGCUCAUGGUCAUUGCAGACAUAAGCACAGACCCCAUCCAGUCAGGACAGAGGGCUCCAGAGGUGGGCAGGCCAGAUGGGCAGGCCAGCACCAGGGUUCCUGCCUCUCCUGGUGGAAAGACCCCCAAUGGAAGCCACAGCAGGGCCCUGCUUAGCGGCAUGCCUCUUGCUGUGGAGACUGCAGGAGACAGAGGAGAGGGAGAGUGGGAAAACAGGCCCCCUGGCAACAUCCCAGAGACCCCUGCAGCCUUCCCGGCCCUGGACCACAGGGUCCAAGAGUCCACAAUAGGCGCUGAAGAUUCUAGUUCUCUGGCCUCAGAAAUGGGCCCUGGUGUUGCUCUGAAAGAGGUUCCUGGCUGGGCUCAAGAGGUUCUGGAAGGUGUGUGCGUGCUGUCUCUGCCAUCACACUGUACAACCGUAGCUCAGUUAGGCAGCCAGUGCCCUGAACAAGACCUUGAGGAGUUCAGUCUGUCUAUUAGAGCCUCUGCUCCACCGGUGCACAGAGAAGUGGUGGAUGCCCCCUGCAAGGCGACUGGGGACUGUCAGGGCAGCUCAGACACUCCCGCUGACCCUGCAUGCUGGCCCAGGCAUCCUCCUGACUCUGCCAACCAGGCUACCUUGAGGGAGUCCCCAGCCAUGGAACUUGACUUACUGCUAGACAGCCAGAUACAGGAUGCCCUGGAGAUCCCCGACUUUGGUGCCUCACCUGAGCAGGUAAGAGCCAAAUGGCUGCCAGCCCUCUCCCAAACUGUCCGGUGUGGCAGGGGGUUAGGACAUGGGGCACGUGGCCAUCUGUUUACACGGCACACAGGUUGGAGUCGGGGUCAGAGUUGCAGCUCCAGUGGGGGUAGGGUCAGUGAUCUUCCAGACAGGACAGAUCUGCCUUUCUGCGAGGGGCUGUCGGGAAACUGGAGCCCUGGGCAGAGACCCAGGUGUAUUUUGUCAGCUGGAGCAGAGUUGAUGGCAGUCUUCCCCCAUCUGGCCAGAGCCCCCAGGUGCACCCAUCUUCAGGGCCUGGCCCUGGCCCUUAUUCCCAAGGGGUAUAAGGAGGGUCCCCCUCUAAAACUGAGAAGGGUGGCCUGGAGAGGCCAGUGAUAUCGACGCUGACCCAGGGGAGAGGACCUCGUGCCCCAACUAGAAAGAGCUUUUGCCUAUCUAUAGGGGUCAUUCCAGGGCCCCAAUAAUGAUUUUUUUCAAAUAUAUACACAGACUUCUGUUUUCCUGCUGGGAUUUGUAGGGACUCUGCCUCCUGCAGGGAUCUGUCUGCCCAACAGGCAGGGAGAGCGAGCUGCCCCACGUUGCCUUCCCCAGCUGCUGAGCCCGGGCUGCUGGCGUUCACCUGUCUUGGCAGGUGGCCACCUUGCUUCAGCCCCACCCCUGCGUGAAGCACCACACCCCUGGCGGCUGGCGCACCCAGACUGGGCUAAGUGCUUUGUUGUCUUGCCCUGGGAGUAGGUGUCCCUCUUUCUACACACCGGGUGCGGCUAACAGGCUGAAGGAGGUCAGGCACCUGCCUGAGGUAUCCCAGCCACCUGUGCCCACGUCCGCCUGACUCUACGGCUGUGCCGCAGCUGCCCUGUCCCAGAACUUGAGCCCAGCUUGCUUCACAAACAUCAGCCUCUGUUUCUCCAGCCGUCCCUGUGGAGAUGUUUUAAGCAUUCGUUCAAAACGUGCUUACCAAGAACCUGCUUUGCACCAGGAGCAGCAGAUCAGGCGUGGUCCCUGCCCCCGAGAUGUUCUGCCUCACCUCUCCCAGAGUGGAAAGACUCUUUAAGUGCUGAAAAGCUAGAAAACAAAAUGCUCAUUCUGUUCCUUAGCAUUUCGUGCCCUAGCAUUUCAGCACUUAAAGAGUCUUUUUGGCCCCAAAACAAUUGAAAGAUUUCAUCUGAAGAAAGCCAGCUGUUCUGCCUGCAGAGGAGAAUGGGGCUUGGUCGGGCUGACAGGAGUCUCCAAGGGGCUGCCUUCCCAAGGGGUGGUCAUUUUCCACAAUGUUCACCCACAAGGUGACUUCAGACCCAGCCCCCCACCGCCGUGGGUGGGCCCCGGUACCUUGUGCCACACAUUUCUCUGUCACCAGAUGAGCAAGACUGUACAGCCAAGCCACAGUGCAGCUCAGCUCUAGAGCCUGAACAUGGUGGCCAGGGGUAGGUAGGUGUUCUGACUCUGGCAGAGCUGAACUUUUAUAACUAGAGCCCCAUCCCUUGAAAAAUACAAACCCCUGGCUCAGAAAGAACUGAGUUACCCUGGCCUCUGGCAGUGGCUAAGGGAGAAGGCUGGGAAAGCCAUUGGGACAGUUGGUGGCAUCAGAUCGCCAGGGACCUGAGGCUUUGAGAACACCGAGCAGUCUGCUGUGCGGGGGACCUGGCAGGCCUGCCAGGGAGGAGGCGCCCAGGCGCGGUUUGUUUUGACAUUGGGUGUUCCUCAACGAGUUGGGGCGAUCCAGGCACAAGCAGGUUCCCAUGGGAAGGUUCAGAUGGCCCCCAGCACAUUCAGGACAAGGACUGCCCUCAUCAAGUAAAAUAUUUACACAACCCAGUGGGGGUGAGUUGACUGACUGUGUGACACCGAAGGCUCCCAGUGUUUUCCCCGAUCCCCAGCUCCCCAUCAGAGAGUCUCCGUCCAGGAAGGAUGUCCUUGGAACAGGCCCCAUCUUUCCUCAGACUUGACUCCUCAGAUGAGGCCCUGGGCCUGCCACCCUACCUCAGCCUCUCUGCCUCUUUUUGGAGGGACCUAUAUCACCUCUGUGAUCAGCCUGACAUUUUCCAGGAAGAUUAAACCGGUGACAUUUAGAAACUUAAGCUGCUCAGGGUUAUCUGGCUCUCUCCCUUAUUAUUAAUUUCUCCCCCACAAUAUGUUUGCAAAAUCUCUUCAACACGAAACAUGGGGUUACCUGGCCAACCUCUUCCCCUCAACACCAGAUGCCCACCUGGCCACAGUCACCACUUCUGAGGGUGUCUUCUCUGUACCCUUCUGGAUACUGCAGGACGAGUGGGAGACAGCACCAUACCUCAGUUGUCAGGACAGAGAGUGGAUGGAGCCACCCACCAGCUGCCACCCAUUGAUGGGAGGUGUAGGCCCCAGAGAGGAUGCCAGGGUCAGGCCAGGGCUGGUGGCCCCCAGGUUUAGCCAUCAUGGCAUCCCUCCCCCAACCCACUUUUCCUCUGCAGGAGUCCUGGUCGCAGUGUUCCCAGCGUGGGGCGAGGGGAAGAGAGACAACCCCUGCAGGACUUUCCCUGCCCCAUGCAGGGCUGGCCCGGCUAGGCCUUCACAUGUGCUCUCUCCAGCUGUUUCCUGCAGGGAGCGA